AUGGCUUCCCAUCUCAAGCUCUAUCUCUUCGGAGACCAAACCUUUGAGAUCCAGCCUCAUCUGAAGAACCUUCUCCAGAAGCGCGACAACCUCUUCCUUCAAGAAUUCCUUGGCCAGGCUUACAAUGCCAUCCGUGCCGAUCUGUUCAGACUCCCGUACAGUGUUCGCAAGGAUCUUCCUCGCUUCACCUGUCAGGAGGAUCUUCUCCUCUGGGAUCAGAGCGGUAGGCGAUGUGUUGCUUUGGACAUGGCAAUGACUACUUUGUAUCAGCUUGGUACUUUUAUCAGUCAAGCGGGGAUUGCUUCAUAUGAUGCCCAGAAUACAAGGGUCGUCGGUCUCUGCACAGGUGCUUUUGCAGCCGCUGCCGUUAGCUGCAGUAGCUUCACGGCAGAUCUGAUCCCCAUGGCUGUAUCUUCUGUCAUUACUGCUUUCAGAACUGGCUUGCUUGUCACAGAUACUGCCCGGAGAGUCGACCCUUCUCAGGAUCUCAGUCAGAGUUGGGCGGUCCUUGUUCCUGGACAGAAGGCUUCCGCCAUGUUGAAAGAGUUCUGUGACUCUCAUGACAUGCCCUUGACCAGCAAGCCCUACAUCAGCGCAUACGCAACAAAUGGCAUCACCGUCAGCGGCCCACCCAAGCGCCUUGUUCAACUUACACAGUUCCUCACUACGAAGGGUGUUACCUCCAGAAGCAUUCCCAUUUAUGGCGCAUACCAUGCUCCUCACCUCUACUCCAAGGAAGAUGCACGACGUAUUGUUGCAAGCCUGAUGCUCAAUAAGGCCACCGCUCUGUCUGAGCAGAUUCCUCUUCUCUCAAGCACAGGAUUCAAGCCCGAAGAGCGAAGUUUCGCAACGCUCCUGGAGGACGCUGUUGCUCAGGCUUUGCUUCAACCCCUUCGCUGGGGUGUCAUCUUUGAUGAUGUCCAGACUUCUUUGGCGGAUGCUUGUUCUGAGCAGUUCUCGGUUGUACCGAUUGGUACGACCGCUGAGCAUCUCAUCUACACUGCCCUCAAGAAAACAUCUCUGCGCUCUCUUGUUCCCGAUACAGCAGUCUAUAAGGAGCAGAGCAAGGUCAAUAGCUUACCAGAGUCUGGCACCAGCAAGCCAAAGCUCGCCAUUGUUGCAAUGUCAGGUCGAUUCCCCGGCGCCAAAGAUAAUGAAGCUUACUGGGAUCUUCUCUACCAAGGUCUAGACGUUCACAAGCCCGUCCCGAGUCUUCGCUGGGAUCAAAAGACCCAUGUUGAUCCAACUGGCCAGACCAAGAAUACGGGUGCUACACCCUUUGGCUGCUGGCUCGACGACCCAGCUGAGUUCGAUGCUCGUUUCUUCAACAUCUCACCCAGAGAGGCCCCUCAGAUCGAUCCUGCCCAGAGACUGGCUCUCAUGACAGCCUAUGAAGCGAUUGAGCAAGCAGGUAUCGUCCCAGAUGCAACCCCGUCCACUCGUCCUGAUCGCGUGGGGAUCUUCUACGGCGUCACCAGCAACGAUUGGUUAGAGACCAACAGCGCCCAAAACAUCGACACUUACUUCAUCCCCGGCGGUAACAGAGCUUUUAUCCCGGGCCGCAUCAACUACUUCUUCAAGUUCAGCGGCCCCAGCUACGCCGUCGACACAGCGUGCUCGUCUAGUUUGGCUGGUAUCCAUCUCGCCUGCAACGCCCUCUGGCAAGGAGACGUUGAUACUGCGAUUGCUGGCGGUACCAAUGUUCUUACUAACCCGGACUUCCAUGCUGGUCUUGAUCGCGGGCACUUCCUUUCGCGAACUGGAAACUGCAAGACUUUCGAUGAUGGUGCCGAUGGGUACUGUCGUGGUGAGGGUGUUGCCACUAUCAUCAUGAAGCGACUCGACGAUGCCAUUGCUGAAAACGAUCCUAUUCUGGGUGUUGUUCUUGGUGCGUACACGAAUCACUCAGCCGAGUCGGAGUCGAUCACUCGUCCGCAUGUUGGUGCCCAGCGGGUUAUCUUUAACAAGAUCUUGAAUGAAGCUGCUGUUGAUCCUUAUUCAGUCAGCUAUGUCGAGAUGCAUGGAACAGGUACCCAAGCCGGCGACGCGACAGAAAUGUCCAGCGUCCUCGAAACAUUCGCACCGCCUAUAACCGACGGCAAGGUCACUCGAACAAGUGAUCAAAAGCUCUACAUCGGCUCAGCCAAAGCCAACAUCGGCCACGGCGAAGCUGCCUCGGGUGUCUGCAGUGUCAUCAAGGUCCUACAGAUGAUGAAGAAGAACACCAUCGUUCCGCAUUGCGGCAUCAAGACUAAGAUCAAUCAUCGCUUCCCAACCGACCUUACGCAGCGCAACGUUCGUAUUGCGCUUGAGCCAACUGUUUGGGAGAAAGGUAGUGCUGAGAGUCCUAGACGGGUCUUUGUCAAUAACUUCAGUGCUGCGGGCGGAAACUCGGCAUUGUUGAUUCAGGAUGCGCCGCCUAGGAAGCUUCUCCCUGCUGGGUCUGACUCAAGAGUUCAGUUUCCUAUUGCUGUCACUGCCAAGAGUGGUGUUUCUCUCCAAGGCAAUCUGAGAUCUCUUGCCAAGUGCCUCAGAGAGAACCCCCAGGUGUCUCUACCUGAGCUCUCUUACACAAGCACAGCUCGUCGCAUCCACCACCAACAUCGAGUUCUCUUCACAGGCGCCACGGUCGAAGAGGUUUGCUCCAAGGUCGAAACCGCUCUUGUGAACAACACUGGCGUCAGCCGUCCCAAGAGCGCGCCCAAGGUCAUAUUCACCUUUACCGGUCAGGGAGCGCAAUACCCUGGAAUGGGAAAGCAACUCUUUGAGGAAAACGCUUUCGUACGCAAUGAGCUUCUUCAACUUGACCAGAUUGCCCAGAAUCUCGGUUUCCCCUCUAUGCUGCCCUUCAUUCAAUCCGAGGAACCAGAUGUUAGCAAGUUUGCACCUUCACUUGUGCAACUAGCCAGCGUUUGUCUUCAGAUUACACUCAGCAAACUUUGGGCUUCUUGGGGAAUUGUUCCCACUGCUGUUGUGGGACACAGUCUUGGCGAAUAUGCUGCUCUCAACGUCGCUGGGGUUCUCUCAGAUACCGACACCCUCUUCCUUGUUGGGGGUAGAGCCCAAUUGCUUGAACAGAAGUGCACUCGUGGUACGCAUGCAAUGCUCAUGGUGAAGGGGUCACAGGAGGAAAUCGCUGAGGCUCUGAAGGGCCAGGAGUAUGAGACUGCUUGCAUCAACUCGCCUAGUGAGACUGUUCUUGCUGGACAGAACGAGCAGAUCGCUAAGCUCAAGGAAGUUCUGACUGCAGCAAGCUUCAAGACCACACUCCUCAAGGUCCCUUACGCCUUCCACUCAUCUCAGUUGGAGCCGAUGGUGUCAGAUAUCGAGGCGCUUGCCAACAAAGUGACCUUCUCCGCGCCAAACAUGCCGGUCCUUUGUCCUCUAGACGGCAGCGUCGUCGAAGACAGAAAUGUGUUCAGUGCUUCAUAUUUGGCAAAGCACUCUCGCCAACCUGUCAACAUGCUUUCCGCAUUGACUACUGCCUAUCGCGAUGGACUCAUCACCAAUCAGUCCAUGAUUCUCGAAGUUGGUCCCCACCCUGCGGUUGCGGGUAUGAUCAAGCCUACCCUCGGUCAGCAGAUAGCUUGUGUCGCUUCACUCUCCCGCGGCAGAACACCAUGGGAGAUGCUAGCCGGUGCACUCAAGAGUCUGUACGAUGCUGGAGCAAGCAUCAACUGGGCUGACUAUCAGAGCAACUUCCCGAACGCUCAUUCUGUCGUUCCUCUUCCCGCUUAUAGCUGGGAUCUCAAGGAAUACUGGAUGCAAUACGUCAACGAUUGGUCGCUGCGCAAGGGCGAUCCUCCUCUGAUCAUCAACAAUGCGCCCAAACUUGAGAGCACGACUAUCCACACUGUUGUUGAGGAGAGUGGCGAUUCAAAGAAGACGCACAUCGUUGUCGAGGCAGACAUUGCUCGCAAGGAUUUGAGCCCUCUCGUUCAAGGACAUGAAGUCGAUGGCAUCCCGCUUUGCACCCCAUCUGUUUACGCAGACAUGGCCUUGACUUUGGGCAAGUACCUACUUGAGCGAUAUCAGCCCCAGAAGAAGGACGAUAUGGUUGUUGUUUCGGACAUGGAUAUCACCAAGGCUUUGAUCCUGCGAGGUGAUGGCUCGAAGCAGCCUGUCCAAGCUCAUGCUGAGGCGGAUUGGUCGUCUCAAUCUGUGGCGAUGAAGUUCAUGUCUUUUGAUAAUAAGGGUAGCCUCCAACAACAUUCCAGCUGUGUCGUCCGUUUCAAAGACCGCACCCAUCAACAAGCCCUCCAGAGCCAGGCUCGCGAUACCAAGCAGAAGAUGCAAACCCUUCGCAACCAAAUCACCACCGGUGAGAGCGCACGCUUCAAUCGCCCCAUGGCUUAUCGCAUGAUUCGUCCUCUGGCUCGUUUCCACGACGACUACCGCGCCAUCGACGAGGUCGUUCUCAACAGCGAGACUUUGGAGGCUUCAAGUCAGAUCAGUUUCGGCACUGUUAAACGUGACGGUGACUUCCACACUCAUCCUGCUGUUAUCGAUGCUCUCACUCAGUCAUGCGGUUUUGCUAUGAACUGCAAUGAUAAGACUGACAUUGAUGUGGAUGUUUACAUGAACCAUGGCUGGGGGUCUCUUGAGCUGUUUGAGCCUUUGGACUUUGACAAGGCUUAUACUACAUACACUCAGAUGCACGAAGGAAAGGAUAAGCUUUGGUACGGUGAUGUGACCAUCUUCGACGGAGACAGGGUUGUUGCUUUCUUUGGUCAGAUUGCGAUCCAGGGUGUUCCACGACGAGUUCUCAAGGUUAUCCUCUCAAUUGAGAGCGGCAAGAAGACUCAACCUCAGCGCCAGACUCAAGACCAACCCCGCAACACAACCCCUUCAGUCUCGAGGGAUUCGCUUCCCAAGAUGACACAGAGUAAGCCCAUCGCCAAGGUUGAACCGCAGAGGUUCACAACCGCGAUCCGCAUCAUCUCAGAAGAGAGCGGUAUCGACAUUGCCGACUUUACCGACAGCACUACCUUCUCAGACGUAGGCGUCGACUCCCUCCUCGGCCUCACAAUCUCUGCUCGUUUCCAAGAGGAGCUCGACAUAGACCUUGACUUCAACGCGCUCUUCUUCGAGCACCCAACUGUUAAAGACCUCAAGGCCUUCCUGCAAGGUUCCGAAGAAGACGUCAGCGGAAGCUCGUCCUCAGCGGCCAGCGAUUCAGGUCGUGAGUCAGGAACAGGCGGAAGUGCUACACCUGAGCUACAAGAAGAGUUUGCGGAUUCCAUCGAGAUUGAGUUUGAGCGUGCUCUUGAGAUCAUCUCUGAGGAGAGUGGUGUUGCGAGAGCUGAUCUUGAUGAUGACACGAACUUUGCUGAUUGUGGUGUUGACUCUCUUCUGUCGUUGGUCAUUGCAAGUCGAUUCCAAGAUGCUUUUGGGUUGGACGUUGGCCAUGAACAGGUAUUCAUGGAUUGCCAGACUGUGGCAGAUCUGAGAGCCAUGUUGGCAAAGGAAAUGGGGUUAUCGACCAACUCCUCGACCGUUCCUGCAAACCUGCCCGCAGAAAUCCCAGCACCCGUUGUGUCUGAGGCUGUUGCUGAAGAGGUCUCGAUUACUCACAGCGAUAUAUCCACUCUAUCUAUUCGGGAGAAAGCCAUCAGCGAUCUUGUCCACAAAUAUACCGCUGGCUUCUUAGCACCAACCUCCAACCCCUCUGGUUCGCGUCCCGGUAAGAACGAGAACGUCGUGCUCGUCACCGGAGCGUCGGGUGGUCUCGGAAGUCAUCUCGUCUACGCCCUCGCACAGCUCGAAGAAGUCCGGGCCAUCAUCUGCGUCAACCGCGCCAACAGAGAGGAUCCCUCCACCCGCCAGUACAAGGCUAUGAGGGACAAGGGCAUCCGCUUCCCGGAGAACCUGAAGUCGAAGCUGCGAAUCUUCGCGACAGAUACCUCUAAGCCCAAGCUGGGACUUUCUGACGGUGACUAUGCCAGCAUGACUCAAUCUGUAACGCACAUCAUCCACAACGCCUGGCCCAUGAGCGCCAAGCGUCCUCUCUCUGGCUUCGAGUCGCAGUUCCAAGUCUUCCGCAAUCUUCUCGAUCUCGGUCGCGAGUGCGCUUCCGGACGUCCUGAGGACUUCAAGUUCAGCUUUCAGAUGGUAUCUUCAAUUGGAGUCGUUGGUCAGUGGGGCAUCGCUGCUGGCCAAACUGGUAAGAUUGUUGUGCCUGAGCAGAGAGCUACCAUCGAUUCGCUUCUUGGUAAUGGCUAUGCAGAAGCCAAAUGGGGUUGCGAGAGGAUGCUUGAUGAGACUCUUCACAAGUACCCCAACCGAUUCCGUCCCAUGGUUGUUCGUCUUGGUCAGAUUGCUGGGUCGAAAACUAGUGGCUACUGGAACCCCAUGGAGCAUUUCGGAUUCCUCAUAAAGUCAUCUCAGACUCUAAACGCUCUGCCCGAUGUUGAUGGUAACCUUAACUGGACGCCUGUCAAUGACAUCGCUGAUACUCUCACUGAUCUUGUCUUGUCCGACACCACCCCGUAUCCCAUCUACCACAUUGACAACCCAGUUGGACAGCAAUGGCGCGAUGUCAACAACAUUCUCUCCCAAGUCCUCCGCAUUCCCAACAAAGUCCCCUUCAAAGAGUGGCUCGAUCUCGUGCGAAAGGCUCCUCAACAGGACAACCCUGCCUCACUCUUGGCCGAUUUCUUGGAGGAGACGUAUCUGCGCAUGGCUUGCGGUGGACUUGUCCUCGAUGUCAAGCACACACUUGAGCACUCAAAGUCUUUAGCUGCCGUCGGCCCUGUUUCAGAGAAUGUAGUCCGGAAGUACAUUCAUAUAUGGAAGGAGAUUGGGUUCUUGAAGACUACUACUGAGGAUAGAGCUGGGUUUGAGGCUGAGAGGGCUCGACUCUGGGGGCCUAGGGUGUAA